GGAAGAGGACCUUCAAUCAGGAGAAUUGAUCGCUGCUGUUUCCUUGCUGCAUUGAAAGGGAAAUAAUGCUCCAUUCAACAUUGGCCUUAUCCCUUCUGUUAAUUGCAGUCACUUCCAACCUUGCAAUGGCAAUUAAAAAGGAAAAACGAGCACCUCAGACACUGUCAAGAGGGUGGGGAGAUGAAAUUACCUGGGUACAAACUUAUGAAGAAGGGCUUUAUCAAGCAAAAAAAAGUAACAAGCCACUGAUGGUAAUUCAUCAUUUGGAAGACUGUCAAUACUGCCAAGCGUUGAAGAAAGCUUUUGCAGAAAAUGAAGAAAUACAGGAAAUGGCCCAAAAUAACUUUGUUAUGCUGAAUCUCAUGCAUGAAACCACAGAUAAAAACCUGUCACCUGAUGGACAAUACGUGCCUCGAAUCAUGUUUGUAGACCCAUCUCUCACAGUACGAGCUGAUAUCACAGGAAGAUACUCCAACCGGCUUUACACGUAUGAACCACAAGACAUACCAUUCUUAAUAGAGAACAUGAAGAAAGCACUACACCUCAUUCAGACUGAACUGUGACCAACAACAGUGAAAUUACCACAACCUCUACGAGGUGAAGCUGCACCUCUGUCUCUACUAGAAUUUUGAACUCUUACCAAGCAGUUUGGUAUAUCAGAUUUCUUAAGAACAAUUUGGAGAACAAAUACAGAAAGA